UAUAAUGGUACAUGUCGAUGUUUGGGAAGCCAUAAUUCGAAAAAACGAUUCAGUCUUUGUCAGAUCAUUACUUGGUCUCAUUUGGGGCAAAGAAAAUUUGCGUAAUAAAUGCCUUUGUGAGAAGCGAGCUAACAAAGACAAUACUGGCGAACGAAAAACAAAACUAACACCAGAGAAACGACAGCUAGUCAAAGAUUUACUGUACGAAAAAAUUACAUCUAGCGGAGUUGAUGCCCACUCCAGAAAUGUUAGGAUGGCUAAAUUGUCAAGAACAAUGACUCUCACAAUCUCAGACGAACGGAUCAAAGCAAAGAGUUAAAAUGGAC